AUGACAACUCUCGCACUGGCGCUGGCCUGUGCCUGUCUGGCAGCAGCCGAUGGCGAUGACGAGGAGAUGACCAUGUCACUGGACGAGGUGGUGGAGCUAAUCGAACCGUUUGGCGAAAGCUGUAAGCCCCAGCCACAGCGCGAGAACAUUGUGGAGAUGAUCAAGAACACGCAGGAGGCCAAAUAUGAGACAAAAUGCUUCCGCCAGUGCAUGCUGGAGCAGUUCGAGCUGAUGCCCGAGGGCCAGUUGAAGUUCAACGAGGACAAGACGCUCGAGAUGAUGAACAUGAUGUUCCCCAAUCAGGAGAAGGAUUCACCCACCAUAAUCAAGAGCUGCAACGAUCAAGUAUCGAGCAAAGACAAGUGCGAGGUGGCCCAUGACAUAUCCAUGUGCAUGCUGGGCGCGAUGCGACAGCAGGGCUACAAGAUACCCGACAUCAAGGAGUAG